AUCUUUGUCUACAGAUUCUCAGGAAACAGUGGGUGAGCAAAAAACUCCUCCGUUAGAUACUACUGAAGAGGUGGAGGACGAACCACUUCAGUUUGUAACUCCUGUGAAGGAGUAGUCUCCUGAGGUGUUGGAGAUGGCCUUACGAACUCCACGAAAAAGGAUCACUCCUGUUAAAAGUGCGAAGCAAGGUGUCUCCGAGACCAGGGAACCUAUGGAGGCCACCAUUCCUGAGGGUGAAGUAUUAGCAGGUGUUGGUUUUGAACAACAGCCUGAACCAUCUUGGCUUGAAACUUCACCAUCGCAAAUGACAGAGGUUCUUUUGCAAUGCGAUAUUAUUGAGUCGCCAGUCGAACCAUCUUGCGCUGACAGCCCACAAUUGGAAACGACCGAGUUUGUUUUACGACGUGAUAAUAUUGAGCCACAACCUGGGCCAUCGUGGGCUGACCCAACGAAUAGUAUUGAGCCACAACCUGGGCCAUCGGGAGUUUCUCUACAAAAUGUAGUAUUUGAAAAACGGCAGGGGCCGAAAAGUACAAAAAAAUCAGAACCUUUAAUACAACGCGCUGGCAUAUCUUCGGGGACGGUGCUCAAUGAACGCGAGAAGAAGUUAUUAAAAUUUGCGAAAAUUUUAAACUCGCGAAUGAGACGCUUGAAAAAAAAUUUGAAAAGCACAAAGGCUGUUCAUAAGUUGUACAAAGAGGAAAAUGUAAGGCAUGUAAUUGAAAAUUUAACUCCUGUGCAGCAAAGAUUUAUUUUAAGUCAAUUGAGAAAUGUAGGGCGCGUACCUCAGGGCAGAAAUUUUACCUUUGAGGAGAAGGCUGAUGAUGUUGCUUUUUACAAAAGCAGUCCUCGGGGGUACAAAUUUCUGUCCUCAAUUUGGGCGCUCCCUUCAGUACGUACACUGCAGGCAACUCUCAACAAAGUUCCUAUCAGGCCCGGCAUUUCCAAACAUACAUUUAAAAUCCUCAGCAAGCAAAAGUGGAAAGAUGAGAGGGACCGAAUUUGUACUCUCAUCUCGACUACUUGCCUGAGGAGGAUUAAGUCGUAG